AUAUAAAGCAAGACUCUGUAGAGGUGAUGUUUACACGAUAGUUGUGAUUGUAGCCGAUCCAAGCGAGUUUCAAAAGUUCUACCUGAUCUGAAAGUAUCAACAAACGUCGAGUCGCGCGACCGUAUCGAAACGAGCGAAGAUGAGUCACGCGUCAGUAGUGAACGGGAUCGCGAAUAGAACGUGUCGUUAUCGGUCCAGGUUAUAACGAGUGUGUGUUAAUUUUGAUGGCUAAUUCCGAUUCCUCGUCCACACCAUGGAGAUUUAGACGAACCCCAUGUCCAGGUACCAGACUGUCACUCCUCUCUUCGAGUAAGACGAUCCUGGAGGCAGUCUUUCCCUCGUAGAGUCUACAGGAAGUCAGCUUACAAUCCUUUUCCCGCGAAGCAGGUCCCGACAUCCGCUCAGGAUUCACCUAGAAAAAAAAAAUAUAUAUAUAUAUAUUCUCAGCCGGUUGAUAUACCGAGCUGGAGAAACGAAGUUCUCUUAAGACGUCGGAAACCGCGGAAAAAGAAUCUUUCGUAGACGAAGGAAGGAAGGAACGGUGGCGCGAAGGGGCGAAAUUACGUCAAAAAGUCUGGAGAAUUUAUCGGAGCACUUUUUAAACUCCUCCUUCGCGCGAUUAGCAUAUUAUUUCUAUGGAAGACCGACUAUGGAAAGAGCAGGCUCCUCUGUCGGGGGUGGACGCGGGGGUUAACGCGGCCAGGAGCAUAUCAAAUAUGUUGAUAAAUGAUCCCUUUGAGCGAUGAAUAGGCGGUGUCGGCCACUCUAUGUAUCCUUUUUUCGAUGUGCUAGGAACAUUUGAAUGUCAGAAGGAUUGCCUUCCUUCGCUGGUUGAUCUCGAAUCGACGUCGCCCUUUACACAGGCGAGAAAAAUCACAAGCGUCUGCGUUCUACUCGCUGAAAUAUUCCGAUGGAAUCGAAAAUAUUCUUCAGCAACUCUAGACGACGAAUUCGUUAGACGCAAUCGAAUAUCAAAUUCCUCCCCUUCUUCUCGGGGGGUGAUUACCAUCCUUCACAGCUGAAGAAGUAGCUGCGGAAACUUAUUAUUAGGUCUAUAAGAACUCUGAGUACUUAUCAAUUUAAAUAAUAAGUCCAAAAAAUGAAAACAGAGAUUGAAAAUAUCCUACUGCAAAGAUGAAAGCAGGGGUAGUUGACGGGGAGCGAAUGAACCUCCGGAGGAUCAAAUUGACCCCUGGUCUUUGAUCUUGAAUUCGGUCAACAAGCAUACAGAAAGAAGCGUAAGCAGUUUUUAUUGCGAAGAACCAUGUAAAACAGUCGGGUUUCCGUUUUGCCAAUCAGUUCUGACCAACCACCCUUUGCCAAUCUCCAUAUGAUUUAGAUAGACGUAAACUUGCCUCGGAAAAGUUUAACAAAUGAAAAGCGAUAAAGCAUACAUUGAAUACAGAGGAGCCAAAAGCACGAUGUUUUUAAAAUUGCAAAAAUACGGUAACGGCGGAAGAUCGUGAAUCGAAAUGAUAUUUUAUAGUAUCCGCGACGGUAUAGGGGAACAUUGAAAUAUUUCUCUGAGCGGGGAUGUUUAACAAAUUUUAUCGUUCGACUGUAUUUUACAAACCAACGAACAAUAACGUUCUGACAAUUAGCAUCAUAAAAGGAAGAACACACGUCGGAAAGCAUAACGAGAACGGAAUAAAUUUUCACGAAACCCAAAAUUAAUUGCAAGCUUCGUUAGAAGAGUGUAUUGAUAACGACAGCAGACUUUUCUCAAAACUUACGAUGGGUACACGCAAGAUGCGUGUUAGAAUUUCGCUAUUCGUUAUUGUUAUAAUUUUUGGGUUCUUUCCGUUUGGAAGUGCUGCAUCAGCACAUAUACAUACUCAUAUACACAACAAACCCAACAGCCAUGAAAGGACAGAUGAUGGUGCAUUCAGUCCACGAGACGCGAAUCAUUUUACAGGAGGAGAACAUCAGGAAUUUGAUCAUGAAGCUAUUCUGGGAAGUGCCAAAGAAGCGCAGGAGUUUGAUAAACUUCCAAUGCAAGAAUCAAAAAGACGUUUAGGAAUAUUGUUGAAAAAAAUGGAUUUGAAUAAUGAUAAGUUCAUUGAAAGGAAUGAACUAAAAGCUUGGAUCUUACGUUCAUUUAGCAUGCUUUCUGCAGAGGAAUCUCAGGAUCGGUUAGAAGAUGUUGAUAUCGACGAAGAUGGCAAAGUUAGUUGGGAUGAGGUUCUACGAGAUACAUAUCUCACUGAUUCAGAAGAUGCAGCUUUAGAUGAAAAACUCAUAAGUGAUGAUGAAGAGAUAUUUGAAGCUGCUGAUAUAGAUAAAAAUGGUUAUCUGGAUUCAGAAGAAUUCAAAGCGUACACCCAUCCUGAAGAAACACCUAGAAUGUUUCCACUCUUAUUGAAACAAGCUUUAGAUGACAAAGAUACCGAUAAAGAUGGAUUUAUUAGCUUUCAAGAAUUUAUUGGCAAUAGGGCAAAAUCAGAAGUUAAAGAGUGGUUAAUAAUAGAGAAGGAUAAAUUUGAUUAUGAACAUGAUAAAAAUGGUGAUGGAAGAUUAGAUUCAGAUGAAAUACUUUCGUGGCUAGUACCAAGCAAUGAGGAAAUUGCGAGUGACGAAGUAGACCAUUUAUUCGCUGCAUCUGACGACGAUCACGAUAACAGAUUAUCGUUCGAUGAAAUUUUGGAACAUCACGAUACUUUUGUAGGUAGUGAAGCGACAGAUUAUGGAGAUCAUUUGCAGGACAUUGAACGUUUCACUGAUGAACUUUGAGAAACGAUAAGCACAAAUUUUGUCCCUCUUUGUAAUUCCUAUCAUAAAUUUACAUGACUGAAAAUAUUUUUAAUACUUCUUAAUGCCACAUUUUUAACUCUUCUGUGUUUCGGUAUUCCAACUUAUUCUAUGUUUAGAAUAUAUAUUAUAAGCAGUUAGACGGAACUAUUUAAAAAUGCACAAAAUACUCAACAAAUAGUGUCUCAGUUAUACAGUCUUCCAAUUUUUAUUAAACUUUAGUGCCAUAGAAACACUGGCAUUACAUUACGAAACAUUAAACUAGGGUUUAUGUUACAUAUUGUUAGUAAGAGUUACCAAAUACCAUUUGUAUUUCAUUUUUAGUAUUUAUUGCGUAACUGAUCGGUUACGCAUACCCCACGAUAUAAUUUUCUCAUUAUUGUUGGAAUUCUAAUUAGUUAAUUGAAAAAAUUAGUUAAUUGAAAAAAAGUGGCAAUUUAGGUAAAUAGUAAUUUAAAAUAUUAGAUUUUACUAAUGCAAGUUCAAAAAUCAUCAACAGAAAAGUGGAGGAAAUUAUUCUGUUUAUGCAACUUAGUUUAAUUAAAAACUAAAAAUUAUGAGAUAAUUAUAUCAUAUAAUAUUCACUGUCUGAUGCAGUGUUACCUUCUUUUCGUAUUAUAUAACGAAUAAUGUGUAAUGUGAUGAAUUUUUUUUUAAUAAAACGUGAAUAGUCCAAAUCA